AUGUGUUCUGCAGUAUAAGGUUGUCUACUAGUACAGACUACAUACAUCUUUCAGCAUCAUGUUGCGAGUCAGUGUUCACGUCAAAGGUGAGUGGGUUGCGUUGAUGUGUGGUGAAUCCCUUCUCAAGCUGGGACAGAACGCCAUCGCCCGUCGUGGUGCUGCACAAGGCAAGUUCAAGCUAAGACGGCGCACUGACGGUGCCCCGCUGAAUCUGGACGAGCCAAUCAAUGUGCUCCGCAACAACGACUUCGUCGAACUCGUGAUGGAAGGAGAUUGCUGGUCAUACCCAACCCUUCCUGUGUUUGCUACUGCACAGGCAACCUGGACGGAACCAGCACAGUACAUUGCUCUCGACGGAGAAAGUCUCACCACUGAAGACCUGGUCAGAUUGGGAAAAGGCCUCUUAAAGAUUAAGCUUACUAAAGAGUCUGAAAAGAAAGUGUGCGACUCCAGGGCUGUCAUCGAUUUGAUUGUUAAGGAGAACCGAGUUGUAUACGGGAUCAGUACAGGCUUUGGGAAGUUUGCUCAAACUGUGGUCUCAAGCAAUCAACUGAAGGAACUUCAGGAUAACCUGGUCCGGUCUCACAGUGCUGGUGUUGGCGCCCCUCUGACUCCUGAAAGGACUCGCAUGCUCCUCGCUCUCAGAAUCAACGUACUGGCCAAAGGCUUCAGUGGUGUUUCCAUGGAAACUCUUCAAGCCAUUAUCGCUGCCUUUAAUGCGUCGUGCCUGUCCUGGGUACCUGAGCAGGGUACAGUGGGGGCGUGUGGGGAUCUGGCUCCUCUUGCCCACCUCACACUGGGGCUGAUGGGAGAAGGACUCAUGUGGUCUCCACAGAGUGGCUGGGCCGACGCCAAGGCUGUGCUGGAAGGCCACGGACUAACACCCCUCAUCUUGAAACCAAAAGAGGGUUUAGCUCUGAUCAAUGGGACUCAAAUGAUCUCAUCUCUGGGUGCGGAGGCGUUGGAGAGAGCACAGGCUAUCGCACGUCAAGCUGACAUCGUGGCAGCCCUCACUCUUGAGUCACUCAAAGGAACUAACAAGGCUUUCGACAAGGAUCUCCACGCUGCGAAGCCUCAGCCCGGUCAGAUAUUGGUGGCCUCUCGUUUGCGCUCUGUGCUGCCUUCCGCCCUUCACCCUUCUGAGAUCACAGGAGGUUCAUAUGACCGAGUUCAGGACGCAUACACCCUACGCUGCUGUCCUCAGGUGCAUGGGAUUGCAAAUGACACCAUUGCCUUUGUGAAGAAUAUCCUGACCACUGAGCUCAACAGUGCUACAGACAACCCGCUGGUGUUUGCUGAGAGAGGAAUCACGAUCUCGGGAGGAAACUUCCAUGGGGAAUACCCAGCAAAGGCCCUGGAUUAUCUGGCUAUAGGUGUACAUGAAUUGGCCUGCAUCAGUGAGCGUCGCAUUGAGAGGCUGUGCAACCCCUCCCUCAGUGAGCUGCCUGCAUUCCUGGUUAACGAGGGCGGCCUCAACUCUGGCUUCAUGAUCGCACACUGCACCGCUGCAGCACUAGUUUCUGAGAAUAAGGGUCUGUGUCACCCCGCCUCGGUGGACUCUCUGUCCACCAGUGCAGCUACUGAGGACCACGUCUCCAUGGGGGGGUGGGCCGCACGCAAGGCCCUCAGGGUGGUGGAGCAUGUGGAGCAGGUGCUGGCCAUUGAGCUGUUAGCUGCCUGCCAGGCCCUGGAGUUCCGUCUCCCUCAGAAGACCACACCCCCCCUGGAGGAGGUGCGCAAGCUGGUCCGCUCUGUGGUCAGGCCUUGGGACAAGGAUCGUGCCAUGAGCCCUGACAUCGAAGCCGCACACAAGCUGCUGCUGGAGGAAAAGGUGUGGGCAGCUGUCAGGCCUUAUAUGGAGAAGUACAUGCAGCAGGAAGGCCGUUAAGAGUCUUCUGUGAAUUCCUGUAUUCAUCCUGAGUGUGGACAUUAACUUUCAAGGCCUUUGUGAUAACCAUUUAUUGUAUGCCAGUCCAAAUGAUUAAGUGUGGGUCAGCCCUAUGUUCCCACAUUUAUCCGAUCCCCCCUGAAAAUUGUGAAAAUUAGUCCCUAUGUUCCCACAGCCCUAUGUUCUCUCAAGAUUUUUCUAAUUUCAAAGAUAGAGUUAGGGUUAGGUUUUGGGUUAGGGUUAGAGAUGUAAGUGACAGAAUCAUUGCAAAGCCUUGUUGGAAGGGCUGAACAUUUAAUAAACUGUAUUCACCACACCUGUGGUAUUAAAAAUGUAAUGAUUUAA